AUGCAGGUACUUGCGGGAGUGCGUCAGUAUUGGCUGCCCCAGAAGGUGUCGCUGCAUGCAGACACCGCAGAGAUGAGCCCAGCCUACCUGACUGCUGCCGUACAGAAGGCCGCAACUCUGCGCAAACAUGACGCCGCUCUAUGGUUCAACUUUUCCCGACGAGCGCAGCAAGUUGCAGACAGCUUCACCCCGCAGCAACUUGGGUAUCUGUUUUACGGCUUCGGCAAGGCCCGGUUUUUAGACCCUCCGCUGUACUCCUGUCUCCUUCGCUACGCCGUUGCUUCUCUUGAAGACUUCGCUUCCCACGCCCUAAUGGCUGUACCGUGGGCCCUCAGCAGGGUCUCCAUUCGGGAGGUUUCUGCUCUCACGCAAGUGGGACAGGAAGCAGUGCUGAAGGCACCACAGAUGCGCCCAGGCGACUUGAUUAAAAUAGCAGUUGGCCUUGCUAAGUUGGGGGCGUGCCCUCCUUCUCUGCGGGAGCGGCUGAGCGCUGUGUUACUGCCUGCGCUUAAAGAGGCCUCGGCUUUAGAGUUUCGGGGCUGCAUGCACCCCCUUGCUGUUAUCGGGGUGUACACGCAGCCCCUACAGACCUUCGUUAUGGAGCGGUUCUCGAAGAUAUUUAUCUGCGCCCGCCCCCCUCACCUGGAGAAGGCGCUGCAGACGGCGGUCUCCAUUCGUGUUCUUCAGCCAGAGACCUGGGGUUGUUUCUGGAUUGACAUUGGAGAGGCAGCAGACAGAAGACGGUGCAUCUUCGUAGACGGGCCCGCUGCUUUCUACACGAAUUCAACGCAAUAUACAGAGGCAGUUAAACUCCAGCACAGAGUACUGAGCGACCUUGGCUGGGAGGUGCGGCGGGUGUUGUGGUUUGAAUGGGUUGGCCUCGAGGGGAAACAGCAGAAGAUAGAAUUCCUCCGCGAGCUGCGUGCUGCCCCAGCCCUUCCCUCUUUCUUGCCGGAUCCUCUGCCUGCACUGACACCAGAGGAAGUGCAGCAGCGUUUGCAGCAGGUAAAGCAGCGGCAGCAGCAGGAGCAGGAGGAAGCAGCAGCAUUAGAUAGGGGCUCUCUUGUUGAGCUGGACUUGUGA